GACGGGGAGGUGUCUAGUGGUUUCCGGGAUAGGCUGAGGCGAUAAAGCAAGCGGGAACAAACCAGGGAGUCGAAAUCCGAUAGGCUUGGAGUUGACUUCGAAGCUCAUCAGGGUGCUUUGGCAUGGGAAACAAACCAGCAAAACAAGAAACAGAUGAUGUGAUAUUAUUGAAGAUUGCCCCUCCUUUGGACCGGGCGUAUGUAAAAUGGCUUGCCAGAGAUGUUGCUAGAAUUCACGGCUUUACUCCUAAACGUGUUCCUGCUGUGAAGCCUCCAGAUCAUUACGUUGAAUACAUGCAGAUGAAUGGAUGGUUGGAUGUGAGUUUAGAUGAUCCUGAUCUUGCCCAUUUAUUCAAGAAGAGCGACUCCUAAUCGGCUAACUGAUAAAACUGAUAAAAACACCGAAAAGGGAACAAAGACAGCAAAGUUGUGUCAUGCAGACGGAUUUGGAUCCUCUCCUCAUCCUUUUUCUCCUUUUUCCCAUGUAGGCUACUCGCUGGGAAUUAAUGCUCCAUUAAGAUUUCCAACACUGUAUAGCAAGUCAGGCGGCACAAGUGCAA